GGCAACGAAGCGGAACACAUCAUCAUUUAUGUGGUUAGAUCGGACAAACUGGGCUUCCUGGCUAACCAGCGACGAACCAAUGUCAUGCUCACCCCCUGCAAAAAAACCAUGAUUAUAUGCACGAGCCAAGCAUUCAUUUGGGGUCCAGCAGCAUCUACUCUUAUUGGAGAACUUGCAACCGCCCUUGGACCACAAGCGUGG